AUGGUCCCCCCAAACUUUAAACUUCCCGCCCUGCGUUCCUACGAUGGCCGAGGUGACCCCGAGGAUCACCUCCGCGCCUUCCUCUCCGCUUUUCGGCUCUAUUGCGUCCCCGACGCAGUAAUUUGCCAAGCUUUCCCCAUCUUCCUGCAGGGCACGGCCCGAAAGUGGUUCUGGGGUUUAGAACCGAGGAGCAUUUCCUCACUGGAUGAGUUGAUAGAUCGGUUCAUUCACCGCUUUGUAUCAUCUCGUCCGAUUACGAAGAUUUCGGCCUACCUCUUGAACCUGCAGCAAGCUCCCGGUGAGUCACUGCGCUCAUACGUGCAGAGGUUCAACGAGGAGAACGUGCAGAUACCUGAUCAGAAUGAGCAGGUAACUAUAGCCGCCUUCACCAACGGGCUUAUCGCGGGAAUCUUCAAUACCGAGAUACACCGGGAUUACCCCCGCACACUUCGAGAACUUUGGGAUCGAGUAGAUCAGGGAAUCCGAAGUGAAGAUUUAAACCGCAUGAAGCGAGAGGCUCAAGCCACUCGUACCGAGCAGGAUUCCCGGAGGAAAAAAGACGCCAGCGAGUCGAACAAGGCCCCAGUGGCUCGUCGACUCAGUUCCGAGACCGCCGAAGUGUCUUCGAUCGGAUUGUGA